ACUCGCGCCUCUUCUUCCCUCCCACCCCCUCCCCGCCUCCGGGCCGUGGCACUCUGGGGCUCUGCCGUCGACAUGGGCGCCGCCGCGUGGGCACCGCCACACCUGCUGCUGCGGGCGUCUUUCCUGCUUCUGCUGCUGUUGCUGCCGCUCCGCGGGCGGUCAGCGGGCUCCUGGGACCUGGCCGGUUACCUGCUCUACUGUCCCUGCAUGGGGCGCUUUGGGAACCAGGCUGAUCACUUCUUGGGCUCCCUGGCAUUUGCGAAGCUGCUGAACCGCACCUUGGCUGUACCUCCAUGGAUUGAAUACCAACAUCACAAGCCUCCUUUCACCAACCUCCAUGUGUCCUACCAAAAGUACUUCAAACUGGAGCCUCUCCAAGCCUACCAUCGGGUUGUCAGCCUGGAGGACUUCAUGGAAAAUCUGGCACCCUCCCACUGGCCCCCUGAGAAGCGAGUGGCAUACUGCUUUGAGGUGGCAGCCCAGCGAAGUCCUGAUAAGAAGACAUGUCCCAUGAAGGAAGGAAAUCCUUUUGGGCCAUUCUGGGACCAGUUUCAUGUGAGUUUCAAUAAGUCAGAACUGUUCACAGGCAUUUCCUUCAGCGCCUCCUACAAAGAACAAUGGACCCAGAGAUUUCCUGCAAAAGAGCAUCCUGUGCUCGCACUGCCUGGGGCCCCAGCACAGUUCCCUGUCCUGGAGGAACACAGGGAGCUCCAGAAGUACAUGGUGUGGUCAGAUGAGAUGGUGAGGACGGGAGAGGCCCUGAUCAGUGCCCACCUCGUCCGGCCCUAUGUGGGCAUUCAUCUGCGCAUUGGCUCCGACUGGAAGAAUGCCUGUGCCAUGCUGAAGGAUGGAACUGCAGGGUCACACUUCAUGGCUUCCCCUCAGUGUGUGGGCUAUAGCCGCAGCACAGCGACCCCUCUCACCAUGACCAUGUGCCUCCCUGACCUGAAGGAAAUCCAGCGGGCUGUGACGCUUUGGGUGAGAGCACUGAAUGCCAGAUCGGUCUACAUCGCCACAGACUCUGAGAGCUACGUGUCAGAGAUCCAGCAGCUCUUCAAAGACAAGGUGAGGGUGGUGAGCCUGAAACCCGAGGUGGCCCAGAUCGACCUGUACAUCCUCGGCCAGGCUGACCACUUCAUUGGAAACUGUGUCUCCUCGUUCACUGCCUUCGUGAAGCGGGAGCGGGACCUCCAUGGGAGGCAGUCGUCCUUCUUUGGCAUGGACAGACCCUCCCAGCUUCGGGAUGAAUUUUGAUCCCAUCUGAAGCCCCCACCUCCCACCCUCAACCAGGCUUGGCUGCUAAGGAUGCUCCUGGGAUUACACAUCCCUUUUCUUUUCUGCCAGAGGUGGAGAACAGUACCAAGGACGUCCUGGAAGAGAAGGCAUUCCAUCCCAGGCAUUGGCUCCCAUGGUCCCCAGCCAGGGCUGCUCUGGGCUGCAUGAUCAUGCACAUACAAAGCAGCCCACCUCCAGCCUGGGCACACCCUGAUAUAUACACAUACAUACACAUAAUAUAUAUCAUAUAUAUAUAUAUAUAUGUGUGUGUGUAUGUAUAUAUAUAUAUAUAUAUAUAUAUAUAUCAUAUAUAUUUUCCCCCCCUUGGUUGAGGGUUUGGGGGAGGAGCAAAGGGGUAAGGUUAAGAUCUAAUCUCAUAUAGCCCAGGCUGGCCUUGAACUCCUGGUCCUUCUGCCUCUACCUCCUAAGUGCUGAGAUUAGGAGUGUCUACCACAACACUCACUUGAUCUCUGUAGUUUUGAUGCAAAGCCAUGCAUGACUACCUGAAAACUCCCCUUUGUUUUUAAAAAUCAGUGGAGUCCAUUAGCACAAAAGCCUAAAGUGACCUUAUAAAUGAAAUGCAGACAAAGCCAAGAAGCAAGUGGGCCUAUUGGCUGCUCUUCUGGGGGUCCCCUAAAGGGCCCUCAGACUUUCCACUGCCAGGCCCAGCCACUGCCAUCCCUGGGCUCCUCUGUUGUGAACACAGCAGGCAGGAGUUAGCAGUGCUCUGAGGACAGGUAUGUGCUCCCACCAUGGGUGGCAGUGUCCGGGCCUCAGCAGUAUCACUGCACAAGUGAGGCUGGCAGGGUGCACUGAAAGCUGCUGUCUCUAAGACCCUCCCAGCCUCUGCUCUGUGGUCUCAGCCCUCACUGCAGCUGUCCCCUAAGGACUACUCACCAAGCCUCUGACAUGUCCGUGCACAGAGGCCAUGUGAAGCCCCAGGUUGGGAGCAGUCUUUGUCCCUCCAGCCAGUGUGGUGAGGUCCUCCUGAUGCUGCUGCUCUCAUUCAUAAGAAGUGAACUCUAGGUGACGGGCCAAGUGGUCCUAGAUUCUGCCUUGCACAGGGACAUUUAGAGGCUGGAGCCCCAGUGGGUGACCAUGCAGACCACCCUGACGGGCACAGCAUUUCUGAAGAGCAGGUGCUGGGCUCUCGUCUGUGGCAAGCACUGUACUCUUUGACCCCGUUUCUCCCCUGUAAGUGCUGAGUCUGGUGGGUUCUAAGCUUCACGUCAGCUCAUGAGUGUUGUAAACCUGGGCUAGAACAAGACUCCCAUGUGGCCAUUGCCGAGUGUAACUGUUGCUUACUGCCAGGCGCUGUGCUGGGGCCUGAAGGGCAUCCUCUUACUUAGUUUGCCCCUGGUUUUAUCCUUUUCUUUCUGACCAAAAAAAAAAGUGACUGUUUAGAGACAUUUUCUCCCAGGCAGGGCUGCAUAGCUGUGGGUGGUAAGCCAGACCCACUGGACUCUGUGUGUUGCUUCCCAGGACACAUUGUGCACUAAAGGACACUAGGAAAAUGAUGAGCCACCCGACUGCCUCUGCAUACUGCUGUUGGCUUCUGCUGCCAGCCCUAUUAGGAAGCGACAUAAAAAACAGGAAGCUCUGGGUAGUUACAGUACCUGUUUUCCUUCAGGAAGUGUUCACUGAUGGCCUACUGUGUGCUAGGAAGGAGGGUGGCAGCAGAGAAAGCUUAAGACCCAGGAUUGCUGUGGAAGGGAAGAGCUGUGAAGAAUGCCAAGGGGAGGGGCUCAGGGAAACUGUUUUAAAGGAAUCACCUUAGGGAGUGGAGGAGGACUUGCUCAGCUGAGGAGGCUGCACACUCCCUGCAGCAAGCAUGGCACGUGCCAAGGCACUAAGGCAGGAAGGGACAGCAAGGGAACAUCUGGAGAUGAGGUGCCAAGAUGACGUCCCAGAGGGGAGCUGGUGCUGCCUGUGGGUGAGAGGCUAGGCCAUUGUGCUGGAGGUGGGAGAAGAAAUCACAUUCUGAGUAUAUCAAGUUAUUUUUGUAUUUCAGUCUCUUUUUUUAAAGGCACCAGCCUACAUGGUUGUGCAGUAUAUUCCAUUUAAUGUCUUGGGUUUUGUUUUUGUUUUUUUUUUACUACAUAACCACACAUCCUAUUUUUCCUGUGUGAACAUAGCUGAAUAGAUGCUUUUAAUUAUGUAAGCUUCCACUGAGGAGUGUUUCAUAGUUUGUGACUCACCUUCUAUGAGAUCAAUCCCCAGCUGUUACUAUUGGAUUUUAUCCCCAAGGUUUCUUUGUGUACCCCUUGCUGUCUUAGAACUACUCACUCUUUAGACCAGGCUGGCCUCUAGUUCUCAGAGAUCACCAACCUCUAUAAGAAAAUUCAACUGUGCUCAAAAAUUGUGACUUUAAAAAACUGAGCUCACGGUAUUAACAAUUUACUUCAGCAGCUAGUUCAUUUACUCCCCACUCCUAAUCGGUCUGGAGACUGGCUUCCUUUUGUACUCUGGGGUAGGGUCUUCUGUGGGCCAGUCUGGCCUGGAACUCUUGAUGUAGCCCAGACUUAUCAUAUAUGUAUUCCUAGUCCUCCUGUCUCAGCCUCACAAGUGCGGUGAUUGCAGCUGUGAGCUGUCUCACAUUGGUUCCUCCUGAGCCAUUAAAUGACUCUGCAUGGAUGCCCAGGAAAGUGCUAACUGAAGCUGCAGUGUGCCCGGGUGGGGCAGGGGGAGCCCCAGGAGGAGGCUGAGCCCCGGUGGGCCUCUUCUCUCCAUGUUUCCUUUCCAACUUCUAGGUGCUGAGGCAGUGGCUAUCUUCUUUAUGGAGUCCUGCAGGACAAGCAAUCCAAGUGGCUGGGGCUGAAUCGCCCCAGGACCGUGCUUUUUACAAGCUCUUGUAAAAGACCCAAGGCCUGCAGUGUGGCAUCACCCAGGGGAGCCACCUUAAAUGCAAAAUCCCAGUUGAACCUUUUAGAUCCAGCCUGUAAUCUCAGCUAGUUUGGAGGUUGAGACAGGACAGUCGCAUUCUAGGUCUACCUAGCAACUUAGGGGAGACUGUCUCAAAAUAAUAAGGCUUGAAAAAGGUGGGGUGUUGUUCAGUUGGCCGAAUGCUUGGUCACCAUAACACAGCCCUCAGGAGUACAGGGGAACGUAUCCCUGUUACACAGGAUGCAGUGUCUUGGCCACACUAGCCUGACAACAAAGCGGGGCCUUGUGCACAAGUGUUUGGAUUCUGUUCUGGCUGGUUUUUGUCAACUUGACACAAACUAGAGUCAUCUGAGAAGAGAGAACCUCAGUGGAGAAAAUGCCCCUGUCAGACUGUCCUGUAGGCAGGCCCAUGGGGCAUUUUCUUGACUGACAGUUCAUUUUGAAGGGCCUAGCCCACUGUGGGUAAGGCUGCCUCUGAACAGAAAGUCCUGGGAUGGAUAAGGGAGGCUGGGUGUGGUGUCACUUUUAAUCCCAGUUCUAGGCAGGCAGAUCUCUGUGUUCAAGGCCAGCCAGGGCUCUGGGGUCUGGAGCAAAGCAGUAGCAGUGUUCCUCCAUAAUCUGUUCCAGUCCCUGUCUUGGCCUCUACAGUGAGAUAAAGCCUUUCCCCCAUGUUGCUCCAGUCGUGGUACCCACCACAGCAACGGAAAGCAAACUCAGACCCCAAGCCCGGGGUCUUUCCCAAAGCAUGAUCCAGUCUCGGACUCUCCGUUUCACAGUUGAAGAGGAGACAGUGGUGAAGUGGAAAUGUCUAGUUCUUUGGAAAGUCAGUUAUGUCAAAUGAUGUUUUGCUGGGGCACACAGGUGAAAGGACAUCUUGGUAAAGCAAAUGUGAAAGACUUCCUGAAGCAGACACAGGUGAGAGGACGCUUGAAGAAGUAUAAAUCUGACCCCACAGACAGUGGGAGAUGAGCACUGAGCAUUGGUUUGGUUUGCUGUGCCUUGCUAUUCUUCUCUAAAGACACACAUGUGUUGGUUCACCUUGCAUAGUGUUGUUUAGCUCAACUUGUGGUAAGGCUGUCUUUUAGAAAAGCUCACCCAAAGACUAUUCGUGAGGUUCCUGCAGCAGCUUGCGACUUCCACGCCUCACCUUGAGCAGAUGGGCAAGCCUGGUCAAUUCUUCAGGAUUGGGCUGUAGCUGCCUGGUGUCUGCUUGCUGAGAAGACUGGACUGCAGUGACUGCUUUGUGCCUGGUGUCUGCCAGCCCAGAGGACUGCUCUGCAGCUGCUGCUGAGUUUUAUUUGCUGUUUGCUGCGGGACUGAACUGUUGAGAAAGAAGAUCAGGCUCACCUGCAAGGAACUGUUGCUGAAGUGCUUCCUUUAUAUCCUAAUAACUCUUCCAUUACCCGUGCCGGGGGGUGGGCUAGAAGAGAGAUUGAACCCUUAUUAAAAGUAGGUUUUGCAAAAAAUGCAUGCCUUCAUAGUGGUUCAGAUUAGGACAGAGCUUGGUCACCAACAAGUUCUUUGGCUCUCACUAGCCCCGCCCCCCCCCCCCCAGCUUUACUCUCAGAAGCCUAAUCCUCUGGAGGCAGGAGGGGCUUCCUCCCCACUAGACUGAGCUCUCAGCUUCCUGUUGGCUCUCUGGCAACAGCUGGGAGAGAUGGUCUCACCCUGAGCAAACAGUGUGGGGAAACCACAAGGAAACUUCUGGAAGGCAGUGCCCAGCAGGGCUGACCCACUCCUAGGACUGCUUCAACCCCUACUGAGGCCCUGCAAGUCUCCCCAGGCAUUUCAGACAGGGUCCUUUAUUUCUCUGGCAGCCUGUGCCCACUGCUCACAGUUGGAGAAGGAGCUUCAGAGAGGGUGAGCGGCCUCGUGGACUGGCCGUGUUCUGUUAUCACUAAACAUCUUCAGUGUGUUGGCUCCAACUGCAAUUUCAGUUCUGGUGAUGUCCCGGCAGGGUGGAGCGGAGUGAUGUCACAUGCAGGCUUAACAGGUUGGGCGGCGUUAAUAUGGACAAUUUAAAAAAUAUUAUCAUUGUGUGUGUAUGAUGGGGUUAGCCAGCAUGUGUAAAGGCUAGAGAACAGCUUUGUGGAGUCAUAGUUCUUUGGCCCUUAGGUGGGUUACAGGGAUUAAAGUCAGGUUUCAGGCUUGGGGGACAAGUGCCUUUCCUUACCUGCUGAGCCAUCUUACUGUCACCAAGUAUACUCUUUAUGCCAUUACAAUUAAAUUUCUUCUGGCUGGAGAAAUGGGUCCAUAGGUAAAAUUCUUGCUGUGCAAGUAUGAGGAUCUAAGGUUUGGCCUCCCAGAACCCACACAAAAAAGCUGAAAGACUGGAGAGAUGGCUUAGCAGUUAAGAGCAGUAAACCUGCUAUUCCUGUAGUCUUGGGUUCAGUUCUCAGGAUCCACAGGUAACUCACAACCAUCUAUAACUCCAGUUCUAGAGAAUCCAAAGUCCUCUUCUGUCUCCAUGGGCACUAGGCUCACAUGUGGUACAGUCAUAUAUGCAGGCGCUUGUUCAAUAAGCGAUGAUGAUGAUGAUAAAGCCAGGAAGAAUAGUGCACACCUGUAAUCCCAGCACAGUGCAGGGGCGGCAGAGACAGGAAGGACCCUGGGCUCAUUUGUCAGGCAAUCUAGUUUAAUUGGUAAGAGGCUCAGUGAGAGACCCUAUCUCAACAAGCUUGGGGUUGGGGAGAUACCUCUGUGAGUAAGUUUGCUUGCAGUGCAAGUCUGAUGACCUGACUUGGGAUCCCCAGAGCACACCUACAAGCUAGACACAACAGCACUUGUUUGUAGUUCCAUUAUGCCCUCUAAGGAAUGGAGAAUUGCUCUUAGACUAACUAGCCUGGCAUAUGCAUUUGAGAAUGAAAGGAGAGACCCUGCCUCAAACAAGGCCAAGUUUAUCCUCUGACAUGCUAACACAUACACUUAGACAUAUCACAAACACAUUAUACAUACAUAACACACCCUUUAUCCAUACACACACGUAUACACAACACACAUACAAAUACAAUGCAUAUAUAUAUAUAGAGAGAGAGAGAGAUGCAGUAUACACACUAAUUGUACAUACACAACAUAUAUAAAACACAUUAUACACAUACAGAUAUGCACACAAAUCAGGAAGAAAUUAAGGAAGAUUACUAACAUCAACCUCUGGCUUACACACACACUCACACACAUACCAGGUGUACUAUAAAAAUUGUCAUUUAAAACAGGGAGUGGUAUAAUCCCGUGGGGCACCUGGAAAACAGAGGUCCCUGAAUCUUUUUUAUAUGCCAGCCUGAUUUGCAUAGCAAGUUCCAGGCUAGCCAGAACUACAUAAUGAGAACUUGUCUCAACAUUUUAAAAAUAAAAAAGUGGUGAACACAGAGGCACUGCGGCUCUCUGGGAGGCCCCCGAGCAGUGAGCCCAGGCUGAGGGGACUUCCCUGAGCAGUGAGAAUAUUGGAGGUCCUCCUAGCCUAGGCCUUCAAAAGCACCCCAGUGAGGGCGCUUGGCAAAUGUCCAGUGUCAUUUAUAGGAAUUUGUGUCUUUUUGUUCUUGUGGCGUGUUCAGCCAGAGGAGAAAGCCUCUCCUUGCUUCAGGAUGGACCCAAAUUCAUGAGUAAACAACAGGAAUCCUAUGUUGUUGCUGCUGUUUUUAAUGUUACACAUAUGGGUGUUUUGCUUGCACGUAUGUCUGUACAUCAUAUGCAUGGCUACUGCGCACAAAGACAAGAAGUUGUUGUAUCCCCUAGAACUGAGUUAUAAGAGGAUGUUAGCCACCAUGUGGAUGCUGAAUAUCAAACUAGGUCCUCUGAAAGAGAAGCCUGUGGUCCGUUUAAGUGCUGAGCCAUCUCUCCAGCCCCAGAGAAGCACAGUGGUGGAGAGACAGGGAAAAGGAAGGGAGAUGGGACUGAGGAGGAGUUCAGUCUUAUCUUCACUUUGUAUGACCCUGAUGGCAGCAAUGAGCCAGUGCCCACCCGCCUUGAAGUAAAGUUGCCUUCCUCUGUCCUCUGUCCUCUCCUCUCUCCUUAUGGGAUGAUGGGGGAAUACUUGGGGUUAGGGGGACCCCAACAGGGCAUGACCAUGAACAGGUAACUAAAAAAAACAAAACAAAACAAAACAGGUAACUAAUUCUACAUUGUCAGAUUUAAUUAAAAUCCCUGCUUGGAAACUGG